GACAAGUUUGGAAAGAGUUUGGUGGAGGACUUCCCCAGUGACUUUGUGGUGGAUCUCAACCCCACAGUGGAUGGUUCGUUCUUGUUCCCAGUGAAGUCGUUGUAUAAUCUGGAUGAAGAUGAAAGUCAGGGAGCCAUUGCUAUUAACCUCCUACCACUGGUGUCGCAGAGCGAGCUUGGCAGAGUCACUGAUGGAAUGAGUAACCAAAGUAAAAGGGUAGUGUCACCGAUAUGUCUGUCACCCUGUUUCCGAUUGCUGAGGCUCUACACUGGAGAGCAAAACAGUGGAAGCCUGGAGGAGAUUGAUGCCUUACUAGGUUGCCCCCUGUACCUGACUGACCUGGAGGUUGAAGAGAAGCUGGACUCUCUAUCCAAGCAGGAACGGGAAUUUCUCUGCUCACUCCUGUUCUAUGCUCUCAACUGGUUUCGUGAGGUUGUAAAUGCCUUCUGCCAGCAAGAGGACGCGGAGAUGAAGGGGAAAGUUUUGACUCGAUUACAGAACAUCACAGAGCUUCAGACUGUGCUGGGAAAAUGCUUGGCAGCAACCCCUGGCUAUGUCCCGCCACCAGCUACUUUUGAUUCUGAAGCCCUGGAGGCAGUACCAUCCAUUAAUGCUGUUGGUCCAGUGAGAAAAAGGAAUGGCAGGAAAAAAAAGGCUGAUGGCAGCAAAGCCUGCUCUGCAGAUCGUUCUCAAGCAGAUGACAGUUCUGAGGGAAACCAGCCUGAUACUGAGCUCUCUGAGCUGGAGAAGACUACCGCUGAGAGAGAGGCAGGUAAUCCUCUGGCACAACUGCAGAGUUACCGCCCGUACUUCCGAGAGUUAGACCUCGAAGUGUUCACCGUACUGCACUGUGGGUUGCUGACAAAGUCUGUCUUGGACACAGAGAUGCAUACAGAGGUGAAGGGAACAGCUGCUGAACUUUGCUUUCUUCUGGAUGACCUGUGCUGGAAGCUGGAUCAUGUGCUGAUCCCGGGCUCCACAAGGAGAGUGCCCUUUCCAAAGGAAAGAGGCUGCAAGGAUAUUGGCUUUUCCCACCUGUGUCAGAGAUCUCCCAAGGAAGUUGCUGUGUGUGUAGUCAAGCUACUAAAGCCGCUGUGUAAUCACAUGGAGAACAUGCACAACUACUUCCAGGCAGUUGUUAUACAAAAUCGGGGUGUGGAAGAUGAGCCACGACUGAACAUCCAGGAGCACCAGCUGAUGUCCUUUUGUUACCAACAGCUGUUACUAACCUUUCGUUCCCUAUUUGCUUGGAAUGGUUUUUCUCAGCACGAAAAUACUGACUUGCUGAGGUCAGCUCUCCAGGUGCUUGCAGGAAGGCUAAAGCCAGGAGAGACAGAGUUUCUUCUUCUGGAGGAACUGAUAAGUGAGAGUUUUCACUACCUGCUGAAUUUCCAGCAGAGUGUUCCCAGCUUCCACUGUGCGUUCAUCCUCACUCAGAUCCUGAUUGCCAUUGCUGAGAAACCAAUGGCUGGCUGGAAGAGAGAGAAAAUGGCUUCCUUAGCAAAGCAGUUCCUCUGCCAGUCAUGGGUGAAGCCCAGUGGAGACCGAGAGAAGGGCAGCCAGUUCAACAGUGCGCUGCAUAUUCUGCUCUGUGUCUACCUGGAGCACACAGAUAACAUCCUGAAAGCUAUAGAAGAAAUCUCCAGUGUCGGUGUUCCUGAACUGAUCAAUUCUGCCAAAGAAGCAUGUUCUUCUACUUAUCCUACACUAAACAGGCAGACAUUCCCAGUUUUCUUCAGAGUAAUGAUGGCUCAGCUUGAGAGUUCAGUGAAAAGCAUCCCAGCUGGGAAACCAUCAGACUCAAGUGAGGCGCAACUGGAGAAGCUGCUGCGGUGGAACAUUGCUGUGCGGAAUUUCCAUAUCCUCGUUAACUUGGUCAAGGUAUUCGACAGCAGGCCUGUACUCAGCAUCUGCCUGAAGUAUGGCCGUCUCUUUGUAGAAGCAUUUCUGAAGCUUGCCAUGCCUCUCCUGGACUACAGCUUUAAAAAGCACAGGGAUGAUGUGCAGAGUUUGCUGAAAACCUUGCAGUUGAGUACCAGGCAACUUCAUCACAUGUGUGGCCAUUCCAAGAUUCGCCAAGACAUUGGACUGACCAACCAUGUGCCUUUGCUGAAGAAGUCACUGGAACAAUUUGUAUACCGAGUGAAGGCAAUGCUGGCCUUCAACCACUGCCAGGAGGCGUUCUGGGUGGGCAUCCUUAAAAAUCGGGAUCUUCAGGGAGAAGAAAUUUUGUCUCAAGCCUCAGAAGAGAGGGACUCCGAUGGGGAGGACUCCGCAGGAAGCCCUGCUGAGGUACUCCUCCACAGGCGAUGCUGCCUGCCGCUGGUGGAGGCUCUUGUU